GUCCCAUGUAUGUACACCGACAGUGGUCGCUUUUAUCAUAUGUGUUAAAACAAAUCUCCGAACUCCCGAAGUCACCUUCCAUUAUCCACGGCAUCACAGCUGAAGCAACUUGUGUCUUUUUGCUCUGAUAUUGUGGAAACUCGGCUGACAGCUGCAGAGUUAAAUUUAGUACCUAGUGAUUGCGCAGGCAGCCGCAGCUAACUUCGAAUUCGCAGUCAGUCACACACUGCACGUGCUGGGGCCAUAUGGACAACCUACUGCUUCCUGGGGUGUCUUUAUAAGCUCUUUUCUAUUCACGCAACAACUCCGACCGCAUAUUGCCGUUUCCCAUUUAAAUACCCAAUCGCACUUUUCGCGCCGAACAGUGAAAGUUUCCAAAAGUGUUGUGAACCGAAAGGAAGUAGUUAUUCAAGUUGUACAAGUCAAAGAAAAACUAGUCCGAAAAUGUUGAUGCCUGGUGCUGGAUUAGGUUCGACGAAUGAAGCGGAGAGUCUGGUUGGCGGACUCGGUCUGGGAGUCCUUGGAGCUAGUGCUUUGAAUGGGACUGGCGUGCAAAACAAGGACACCACGUGGACGAAACUUUUCGUAGGAGGACUACCGUAUCACACUAGUGACAAAUCAUUGCGCGAACAUUUUGCUGUUUAUGGAGACAUUGAAGAAGCCGUUGUGAUUACAGAUCGCCAGACUGGAAAGAGCAGAGGAUAUGGAUUUGUGAUAAUGGGGGAUCGAGCAGCUGCCGAAAGGGCCUGCAAAGAUCCAAAUCCCAUCAUAGAUGGACGGAAAGCAAACGUAAAUCUAGCCAUAUUAGGGGCAAAACCGCGAGGCAAUGUACAAACUGGAUUCCCAUUUGCUGGUGUGCGAACUGGCUACCCGACGUUGCUCCCUGGCCAGUAUGGAGUUCCGCCAAGUUACGUCUACCAAUCGCCUUACUUGACUGCGACCACCCCUGGAAGCUUAGUACCUUUACCGGCCACUCAGCUAAGUCAUGCAGCCGCAGUUGCAGCCGCAACAUCACAAUUUUACGAAUAUCAAAAUGCGGCCGUUGCAGCUGCUGCAGCUGCAGCACCUUAUGCCGCUGCAACGGGACAAUACGCCAACGGAUUUGAUGCGUACACACCAUACUCUGCAGCAGGGGCUGCAGGUUACAUGCCAUACACUUAUGCAACUUUGCCUCAAACUCCUAGUUUACCAGCGGCAGCAACGGCAGGAGCUUUUCCAGGUCUUCCCUACCAGACUGCCGCUGCUGCACAAGCACAAAGCUUACAGGAAACACGAUUACAGUAGUUAUGAGAUUAGGUCUUAGUUGCAAAUGGACCUGAAAUGUUUAUCAAUCAUCUCUCUACCAAAUCGUUUUAUCGUUAGUUACGAAUAGAUGUAGAUAUAAAUACCAAAAAAAAAAC